AUGAGUUCCAGAAUGAAGCUGCUUUCUUUAUCUUCUUCUUCAAGAUUUUCCCACUUUUUCUGUAUUUGCUUCUUUAUAAUUUUUCUUAUAAUUCAGAAAUCCAUUGCUCAAAAUGCUACUGCCUCCACUGACCCCACUGAAGUGAGGGCAUUGUAUUCAAUAUUUGAAAAAUGGGGAGCAGAAGCAGUGGAAGGAUUGUGGAACAUAAGUGGAGAGCCAUGCAGUGGAACUGCCACCAAUGAUACUGAAUUUGAAGACCCUAUCAAUAAUCCUGCUAUCAAAUGUGAUUGCACUUAUGACGAUGGCUCAACCUGCCAUAUCACCCAACUGAGGGUGUAUGCACUGAGCAAAAGAGGAGUGAUUCCAAAAGAACUGGUGAAUUUGAAAUAUCUGACAUUUUUGAAAAUCGAUCAAAACUAUUUCACUGGUCCCUUGCCUGCAUUUAUUGGAAAUUUAUCUCGAUUGAAGUUAUUGUCAAUUGCCCACAAUGCAUUCUUUGGGCCAGUCCCCAAGGAGCUUGGAAACCUUAAGGAGUUAACUGUUCUGUCUUUUGUUUCCAACAAUUUCUCAGGAACACUCCCUCCAGAACUUGGUAACUUAGCCAAGCUUGAGCAAAUAUACAUAAACAGUUGUGGAUUGAGUGGUGAAAUUCCCUCAUCUUUCGCUAAUCUUCGUAAUAUGCAAACUAUGUGGGCAUCAGAUAGUCCUUUUACAGGCAAAAUACCUGAUUUUAUUGGGAAUUGGAGCAAGCUCUUAUCCCUGAGAUUUCAAGGGAACUCCUUUGAAGGUCCUAUACCAUCAAGUUUUUCUAACUUGAUCUCAUUGGCCUCCUUGCGUAUCAGUGAUAUAUACAACAUUAGCUCUUCUCUUGAUUUCAUUAGAAGAACGAAGAACUUAACUGAUUUAUAUCUGAGAAAUGCUUUGAUCACUGGUAAUAUUCCUUCUGACAUUGGAGAAUACCAAGAGUUAAUGACUCUGGACUUGAGUUUCAACAAUUUAACUGGUGAAAUCCCGAGUGCUUUAUUCAAUAUCAGUUCUCUUACUCACUUGUUUCUUGGAAACAAUAGUCUGUCGGGAAACCUUCCGAGCCAAAAAAGUUAAAAUCUUCAAACCAUAGAUUUAUCAUACAAUUAUUUAUCAGGAACUUUUCCGUCAUGGGUGACUUCAAAUUUGCAACUGAAUCUGGUGGCUAACAACUUCGCAUUUGAUAGCUCAAAUAGUAGUGUCUUCCCUGGAUUGAACUGUCUUCAGAGAAACUUCCUUUGCAAUAGGAAUACUCCGCGCUAUGCAAAUUUUGCAAUCAAGUGUGGUGGUAAACAGAUGACAGCUGAUAACAUAGUCUAUGAGACCGAGAACUCAUCUUUUAGUGCGGCUUCAUUUAAUGUAACGAGUACAGAAAAAUGGGCAGUUAGUAAUGUGGGGUUGUUUUCUGAUAGAGAAGAUCCAUCAUACGUGCAAAAUACACUCGCACAAGUGACCGGAACCCGAACGCCAGAGCUUUAUCAGACUUCAAGACUAUCUCCUGGAUCACUUAGAUACUAUGGCCUUGGUCUUGAGAAUGGCCCUUAUAAUAUAAGCUUGUUAUUUGCCGAAACAGUUUUUGAUGAUCGAAGCUCACAAACAUGGAAGAGCCUUGGUAGGCGUGUUUUUGAUAUCUAUAUUCAGGGAACUCUCAAGUUAAAGGAUUUUGAUAUAUCAAAGGAGGCAGGCGGUGUUAACAGAGCAAUUACAAAGACUUUCAAUGCUAUUGUGUCUGAGAACCAUCUUGAAAUUCACCUAUUUUGGACUGGUAAAGGUACUUGCUGCAUACCUAAACAAGGUGAUUAUGGACCAUCAAUUUCGGCUAUUAGCGUCGUUCCAGAUUUUGUACCAAUUGUGAGCGGAAUACCGCCAAAUGCUAUACGCAAAAAGAACCGGACAGGGUUAAUUGUUGAUAUUGCAGUCCCUCUGGGAAUUCUGGACUUCAUACUGAUAUUUACAGUUUUUUACGUAAGGAAAAAAGAAGAUGAUUAUGAUCAGAAAGUGCUACAAGCAAUAGGUCCUAAACAAAACACUUUCAGUUAUGCUGAGUUGAGAUCUGCAACAAAUAACUUCGACUCUUCAAACAAGCUCGGAGAGGGAGGAUUUGGACCUGUGUACAAGGGUACACUUUCGGAUGAAAGAAUAAUAGCUGUGAAGCAACUUUCAGCGGGAUCUCAUCAAGGGAAAGAUCAGUUUAUAAAUGAGAUCGCCACCAUCUCUGCAGUGCAACAUUGUAAUCUUGUGAGACUAUAUGGUUACUGCAUUGAAGGAACGAGACGACUCCUUGUUUAUGAAUACCUCGAAAACAAAAGCCUUGAUCAAGUGUUGUUCGGAAAUAGUGAGUUGCAUCUUGAUUGGCCUACCCGGUUUAGUGUAUGCAUGGGAACGGCAAGAGGUCUAGCCUAUCUUCAUGAGGAAUCAAGACCAAAGAUUGUACAUCGAGAUGUCAAAGCAAGUAAUAUCUUACUUGAUGCCGAACUCUACCCCAAAAUUUCAGAUUUCGAAUUGGCAAAGAUGUACGAUGACAAGAUAAGUCACCUCAGCACCAGAGUUGCAGGCACCAUAGGCUAUCUAGCGCCGGAGUAUGCAAUGCGUGGACACUUGACAGAAAAAGCUGAUGUAUUCAGUUUUGGUGUUGUUGCUUUGGAGAUUAUUAGUGGAAGAGCAAACUCUGGCAAUAGAUUGGACACUGAAAAAGUUUAUCUUCUUGAAUGGGCAUGGAAUCUUCAUGAAAAUAACCGAAGUUUGGGGUUGGUCGAUCCCACAUUAACCGAAUUUAAUAAAAAUGAAGCUCUUCGAAUAAUUGGAGUAGGGCUGUUGUGCACUCAAGCAUCACCAAUGUUGCGGCCACCCAUGUCAAGAGUUGUGGCCAUGCUUGCUAGAGACAUAGAAGUGGGGACUGUUACUUCCAAGCCAAGUUAUUUGACUGACUGGGAUUUUAAGGACAUAACAAGUGACUUUGUUAAUAAUGAAGAUAGUGUUGCAACUUCAUUCGAAAAAAGCUAUGGGAAUAAGAAAAGUGAAUCUAACAAUCCAACUGUUCUUCGCCAUGGAGUUGAUCCAUUACUCUCCCCAGUAGAUGUCACUCAGUUCACUGACAUAAUAUCAGAUGGGAGGUGA